CUAAACGGUUGUAAUUAAUUCAAAUGUUUGUGUAGAAUAAAUUAAACAUAUUCUAAAAGUUCGGAAUCUCAUUCUCGAAGUUACUGUACUUGAGACAUACGUGAUAGAGCAAAUUCGACUGCUUGCGGCAGUUAUCACUUAUCCCUGGGCCACAAAGAAGAGCAGCGUUUCAUUUUUUCACUGCCAGCGGGCGGAGUCUUGAAACGACAACAACAUUACGCACUACUGACGCUACCGUCGAAAUUUCAAAUCAUUCAUCGUUCAUGUCAAAUCCGCACCUGCAGGCUCCGGCUGAAACUUUUCCGUUUUUCAGAAUCAGUACAGUACUUAAUUAAAAUUUUAAACAUUCAAGUACCUAAACUAGAAAGAUCUACCAGUGGCCUAGCGGCUAGCAGCCGAUUUACACUGCCCACAUUUGUUUGCGGACUUACUUUGGUCAUCGUUGUCCUUCGACAGCCUUUGCGUGUGUUUGUGGCAGUUUCGCCUGUUAUUCGAAAUCCGUCUGGAGCCAGCUACCAAAGUUUUGGGAUGGUUUGGUUGUGGUGAGGAGUUCGGACAAACUAACCAAAGUACAGUACCUGCAUUACAACAGGGGGGAAAACGCGGUUACCUAAAUCUCUGUUGAAAAUCACGAACACGCUCACACGAUGGACUUACCUGAGACUCCCAAAGAUGCCAUUAAUCUCGAUAUUCAAAAAAUCAUCAGCGCGCUCGUCGAAGCGGAGAACGACAAGGAGAAGGAUGACAGCGUUAAAAGUCAGAUUUCCAAUUCAGUCUACGCGUUGGGAAUUAAACAUCCGUCCAGUGUCAUUCCGGCGCUGUUGGCCUACAGAAAACAGCAACAUAUCAGUCGACAACAGAAACUGUUGAUUUUAACAACCAUCAACAGUAUUAUUGAUCAUGCGGAUUUACUAAGUAAACUCGACGAAAAAUUGGCCAUUUACAUCAUUGAAGCGGCGGUUGCCAGUCUGAAUGACAAGGAAUUGGUGGAAAUUGGUAGCGACUUGCUGGUGUCCAUGAGCAGAAACUUUUGCAUCGAAGUCAUGAAGCAGAUGUUGAAUUUGUUCCAGCCUGGUAUUCUUCCAACCGUGACAACAUUCCAGACAUUUGGUCGGAUAUUCUCAGCCAAUGUUUAUGAUUCCAUUCCAUUCCUGAGUGCUGUCCUGAGCAUGCUAAUUCCCAUGCUGCCGGAAGCGAAGAAUGAGCCGAUCAGGAAAGCCAUUUGUAGCGCCGUAUCGCAGUUUUCCGAAGCUUUGUUGGAAUAUGUGGCUAACGAGAACGAAGCUCCGGAUCCGAGUGUGAAAAUUAGUUUUUAUAGUCACGAGUUCAAUGCCAUUUUUGAAUACAUUCUCAACAAUUGGUUGGCAAAAGUCAGGGAUCCGGAAUUGGCAUCCUAUGUGCUGCAUGCAUUAAGCAGCGUUGCCCGGGUUAUUUCCAAGGAAAAGCUGCAAGAACAAGCGGAAAGGCUGCUUUCCAGUGCUGUUGCCAUUGUCCGUCGUCAUCCCCAUGAAUCUAAUGCCACAGCCGGUCUGGCUGUUGUCCUGGAAAUUCUUGCUUCGAAUGUUCGGUCCACGUUGGAGCCGCAGUUAGAUGGCUUGAUCGACGUCAUAUUUGCUCAGGCUUGUGCGCCACCAGAUUAUUCCAAACCGAUGGGCGUGAAGUCUCAUAAUGAAGUGCUUCGGUGUUUUGCAAUCUUGCAUUUGAACUUUCCCGACAAGAUCAUCAGUUUUCUGUUUGGCAAGCUCAGUCCCAAUGUUCUUAAAAUGACCGUUAAUAAGGACGCCACCGAUCGAACCGUGGUCGGAGCACUGACCAUCAUUAACAAGCUGGUCAAUCAACAAGACGUGAGCUUCUCGUUCUACGUGACCCCUCUCCUCAAAGCCUUAGAUCCUAUUGUCUCGCCCACACCACCGGUUGCUCUGUCCAACAACAUAAAAUUAUCAGUUGGUCAGCUAAUUCUCACACUGGCCGAUCGGCAGUAUUUGACGCUCGAGAACUCUCCUCAGCUGAUUGAGUUUGUUAUCAGACAGUGCGCAGUGCCUGCCACAACCAUUCCUCGCUCCCCAUCCGGCCUAGAGUCCAUUACGGAUGAAGCUUUGCGCGCUUCCUGUGAGAAUGUCCUGCACCUGUUGACGACAACGGUGCAGGGUAUGGAAAGCCACUUGCUGCCCAGUCUGUUUGAUUUCGUUGUGGAUGGCCGCUAUACCGAAGCCGUGCGCACUGUUGCUCGGUGUCUGUGCCAUCUGAACACCAAGCAGGAUAUUUUUGCCAGUCUACCCAACGGAAUUCCCGGAAAGCAUCCGACCCUACUGGAGCUGUUUACGCGAUUGUUUGUGCUGAGCGGUUCCGUAGCAGAAAAGGCAGACGAUGAGGCGCUGCUCCGAUUGUUGCAACUUGUCGCGACGAGAAUUUCCGAUGUAAUCAAAGAGUUGUGGGAUGGAACCAUAGAUGAAUUGGAAGUCUUCGUCAAAACCACUGCUGACCGAUGGGAUGAGAAGGCGUGGCAUGAAUCGCUUUUAAAACUGCUGAAUACAAGCCUGCGAGACUUGCGCAAUGUGGAGCCAGAUUUAGUCAAUCGGAUAACGGAAUGCUUCGCCUCACAGAUUACGUUGUACACGGAAUAUCCCAACGAAAAAGCUUUUUUAUAUUUGGCACUGGGAUCAGCCUUAGAAAUCGCCAACGAUCCACUUGUGGUCAAUAAGGCACUGGACGGUAUCUUCUCCAAUGUCUUCCAUCAAAAAUUGACAGAACGCCAAGCGUGCGCUGCCGCUACAGGCCAUGCAAGUGCUUCACAUUUUGAUUUGAUUUUAAGCAAGUUGGAUGGGUUUUCAUCCAAAGAGUCACAUGGGAAACGUUCCAGUUUCUUGAACAUUUUCAGUGGUGGGAAGGACAAACAGGAUAACAUGGACGAAAAAACGAAAGCCACUAUGGUAUUAUGUUAUGCCCAUGCAGUAGUUGGAGCACCGAAACCACUGGUGUUAGCGCGUAUUGACGAUAUUAUGCGCUCCAUUAUGCCGCUCUUUGUCGGCGCGAAGGAUUUCGCCACGAAACACGCUCUAUGUCGAUUGACGGAAAUGUUAGCUAAGACACUACGAGAGACCAAUACUCCUCUUGAAAAGCGUGCCAAUCUGAUGUUCCAUAUGAAAGAUUUCGUCAAAAGCGAACCUUCAGAACUACGGUCAUCGGUACGGGCGCUGGCCAUAACCGCCUGCUCAGAACUAGCACUGUUGCCUCCAAAGAUUCCCAUGGAAGAAAUGGAAGAUGCGCUAUUGUUGUUUUGUAAUAACGUCUUCCCUCUUCUCCCUCCGCGUCACGAUUCAGCAAGUCCGAUGCAGCUGGAUUUAACCAAUAACGCUUACCUGAAUUACGAAGUAUUGUGGGAAGCAACUUGCACGGCAUUGACAGAAUUUAUGAUAACGAUGAUCAGAAUUUACCGGAACUCGGAGGCUUUAACAGCACUGCUGAAAACGCUGAAACCGUUUUUGGAGUCUGAUUCGGAUCAUGAGCGGUACCAUUCGCUGGUCACAUUGUACCGCGUGGUACAGUCGGACGCUAUGAGUGAACUGAUCAUAUCACCGGUGCUGGGAAUGUUAUCCGGGAUGAUGGCUACGCGGGCCGUCGAUCCCGAUGCGCGCUGCCGAGAGACAGCUUUACAGUGUGGCAGUCAGAUAGCCGCUGUGGCAACUAUGAAUAAAGAUGCAGAUGAAGGUUGGACAGAAGCGGCCAAGUCGUCCUGGUUAAAAGAAAGUCUGACCUCACAUGCGUAUGCCACGAAAGUUGCAGGGUUGUUCUUCAAAAUACUAGAAGGCGAGCAGCUGUUAAAGUAUGUCCGACAGUUGUAUUAUCAGGGAUUGAUGGAAAAGCGCGUACUGACCGCAGCGGGAAUCGGAGCGAUCUUGCAGGCAACCCUAAAGCACAAAUAUGGACCGGUUAGUGGACAGAGUGUGGAGAUUGUGGCAGGAUUGUUGUAUGCACUCAAAUUCCUCAAAGAAUCCACCGUCAAAGUGGCCGUGGAAGGAUGCAUUCGAGCCAUAGCAGAGCACGAUACAAACAUCGUUGCACAGGUGUUGAUGAAUCAACCGGUGCCUCUCCACGCCUCCGUGGCGGACCUUUGGCGUUCUCUGGGUGCCGUUCCAGCGUUUGCUUCCGUUCUUCUGGUUCAUUGUCUGGACGCACUGCGCAAUGGCCCGCUUUUUGCAGAGGUGCAUCCAUCAGUAAAGUGCGUUUCACUUCCGGUCUUACAGAGCUUAGCUGUAUUAACGGAGCUCUUCCAAGCGAGUGGCAAUGUGGAGCUUCUGCAGGCCAAUUUUGCUGAUAUAUUUCCUGUCCUUAUGGUCACCGCCGCAGCUAUGGUUGGAGCUCAACCUCCCAAGCCGCCUUUUGUGGCGAUUGCAUCUGAAAACAGCGCCGUGGAUGCCGAAUGGAAACAAGUAUAUAAGGUUAAUCCUUCCCGAUUGGCUGUUGACUGUUUGAAGCAACUACUGAAGAACACAAAUUCGGUUGUGCCGAUUUCAUUUGAAAUGAUGGAGGACACCGGCAUGUAUGCAGAAGGACUGUACGUUACCAGCAAGUGCGUAUUCCAGUCAGUUGACAUUAAUACGGGAAAGAUUGUGUCAAAUUUGGCGCCGUAUUUGGAUUUGGAAAUUGAUGCCCAGCGUGCCGCUGCUGUCGCCAUGUAUGCUGCUAUGUUGGAAAGCAAGAAGCCCAGUAACCACUCUCAAUUAGCUAUGGUUGUGAAUCAUCUGGGAACGAAGAGCUCCGACCAGGCAUCGGUUGUUCGAAUUUUUUGCAUUCGUGGGAUCGGUAGUCUUUCAAAUUUUGGACCGGAUAUGGUUGACGCACACGCGCCUGUCAUUCUGAAAGUUAUUCUGGCUGGACUGGAUGAUUCAGCUGACAAUGGUAUGACGAGCGCACCGGUGGAAGCUAUGAAAGCGCUGAACAGGAUCAUCCCGAUUAUUGACCGUUCGCGUAUUCAGGAUGAUUUAAUCAGUUUUGCAUUACGUCUGCGACCAUCGUUCGAGAGCGACACGCCCAUGAUCCGUGGAAUGGCAUUUGCGUUGUUCGGACAACUGGCUGCCGCAGCGGAAGGUGACCAUAUCAAAGAAGCUUUUGUCCAAGAGAUUCAUAACCUUAUGGUUAUUCUUCUACUUCAUCUGAACGAUGAAUACAUUGAAGUGUCACUGUCUACCAAAGCAGUCUUCCGGCUCCUGUUACCGCUGAUGAAAUCUGAGGGCAUGAAUAAUGCAUUUAGCUAUCCCGACGGCAUUACCUAUGGACGCUUGCUGCGACUGCUAUGCACCUCGCUGGGAACGGAGCACCCCGACAAAAUCCCAAUGUACAUUAAUCUGGUCAUCGGUUAUUUCCGCUCCGAAAGCGCAGCAAUGCGAUCUAAUGCUGCUCUGUUGGCUGGAAAUCUGGUGUCCCAAGCAACAGCGGCCAACGAGAAAAACGCUCUGCCUGGGCACAUCUAUCCGUCACUGGUGCAGAUGUUAAGCGAUAAAGAUGCCACGGUCCGAUUGCGUGCCGCGGAGGCGUUGGGAAUGCUGUAUUGAGUUACACGUGAGACUAGAUUGCAAAAUUUUUCAUGCGUUUUGGCCAAAAUUGUGUGAGUUUAUUUAUAUAUUUUAUAUGUUUUUAUUUGGUUGGCACUGGAAAAAAUGAAAUAUUUGUAUGCAUUAGAUACGAGUUCAGUUGAACUUGAAUCUUCGUUUAGUUCUUGCUUAACAGCUACAGCAAUCUCUGCUACCUAGACUACUUUAGAAUAUCUCUGGUGUUUGUUUUUGCAUCCUUCGGUCGAUAAACGCCGGUUUCGUGA